AUGAAUACGUUGUUUGUCUUCCGAAGGUUAUUUUCGAAGACGCAAUUUUUUGCAAGAAAUCCAAGCCAAGGAUAUAUCUUCGGGCUAGAUAAUCGCAGAAAUAUCUUUCAGCCUCUUAGAUCGCUUGAGUGGGGUUUAGAACACUUCUCAAAGUCAAUAAUUUUUGUGGGAAUAAAAACAAUGUCUGCCGACAACGCCGAAAAUUCAACCAUUCUGGAGAAUCUACGAAAAUCCUUGAAGGAGCAGGUUUGUAGUGAGAGCUACUCAAUGUUUAAAAGGAAAAUUUUGAAUUGCAGUACAAUUGUUCUGGUUGGGUACACAUCUUUAGUAACGUAAUGUUGUUCUAUUUCCAUAUUUGACCAUAUUCGGAAAUUUGAACGGAAGUAGAUCCUUGGAAACACUGAAAGAUGUUUAUAGGUAUUUGAUUUGAAUAUUUAAUUCUCAGUUUGGGUUCGUUCCAAUUUUUUUGAAGCGUGAUGAACUGAUUUUGUGGAUCUGAGCAUCAAAUUCUGAUAAGCACUCAGUUCAGUGAUAUGUUACAAGUCUUGCUUAUUGCAUUAUCCCCCCAAAAAAUUUUCCUUCUCUUGAUCCGACAGCUACUUCUCACUGAUAGCCCACACAUCUCUCUUCUUGUCGUUUGUGAGAAAGUGUGAUUCUAUUAAGGCAUACUUACUAGUUGAUUUGUAAAUGGAGGAACCAUAUCAUUUCAAGCCAUUUUUUACGCCAAUCAACUCUGGCUCUUUGAGAUACUGUUUUGUAAAUUGUAGAGUAGGUCCUUGUUCAGUUGCUGGCCCUUACUUUUAUCCCCUCAGUCAGAAGAAGAUGUUUGUUUUUAUUCCUACUAGCUGACUUUCAAUUUCUUGGAGUGUUCAUCUCCCCCCAUAGAAUGCUACUAAAUUCUUUAACCUUUUAACUCCCAAGAUCUGAUUGUUAAUUCUCCCCUCUAGCUGCUACAUAUUUCCUUUAAAUAAGUUACGAGAAUUUGGUGUCAGAUGGAGAUAACUUUGACCUGAUAAGUUUGAAUAUUCUCAUAACCUGUUUGCUUGAUAAUGGUUAGUUAUUAUAGGGAGAAGUUACUUGUUAAUCACUUCUGGGAUUUAAAGGGUUAACAAGUAGAUGGUGAGAAAUAUGUCACCAAAAAGGUUAUCUUUAAGCAAGGGAAUUAUCUUCAUAUAUAGCAUGAAGCCAGAUAAAGGUUGAUUUAAUUUAGAGCCUAUCAUUAAUUUAUUUAUUUUCCCCUAAAGACAAACAGAAGGAGACAAGGGAGGUGAAUGUGAUGUAUUUUUCCAGUUAGGUCGAUUUCCCUGUCAGAUUACCUUGAACUACAAAUUUAUUUCAAUUUCUUCCCAUUUAAAGGAUAUUUAUCCAUUGCCAAACUCUAAUUAGAGGGGUGUUUUACGCCAUAGGGGUACAUCAGCUGAUAUUGUACCUCCCCCCUCCCCAUCUGUGCUACAUAAUGUGUAUUAGCACCAAAUGAGGUUGGAAAGAAAUUACUGGUAUAAUUAUACCUGGGUUAAAAUUUAUCACAUGCCUGUGGAUGCAUUAUACAUUUUUGCAAUUGGUCUCGUGGUUUAUUUAUUUGCUCUAGGGUGACUUGGUAAGAAAACUAAAAGCUGAAAAUGCUCCAGCACCAGACCUUGAAGUUGCCAUCAAGGAACUUAAAGUUAGGAAAAAGGCCUUUGAGACCAAGGUAUGAGUACAACUUGAGAAUUUAUUUUUGAGUUUUUUUCUGAUGUAUCAUUGACUUAUUCAUUGCUUACCUUGUAUAAGAGUGACCAGCAUCUUAUUUCUCCUCAUAGUAUCACCCUGAAUCACAUAUUAAGGUGAUGAGAAUAAAGGAAGUGAUCUCUAACUAAAGAUAUUAUUGAUAAUGAAUGAAAUUCUCCUUGUCAGCACCUUAGGAAAUGUAUAGAGAACAAUAUGGAGAAUAUGCAUGCUGAUGUUAGGGCAUAAAAAUUGUUUUCUCCCUUUCCUAUUUUCCAGUAGCUACUCUUGAGAUGAACAUGGAUAUUUUCUUUAUAACUUCAAUUUCUCCCAUCAUAUUUCAAUAUAUUUUGUUUUAGUUGUGAAUGUUGUUUUAACUAUUAUUUAAACUGUGAUCACUUUCUCAUUCUCUUUAUGCCUGAAAAAUAAAAAUGAAAUCUCUUCCUUUCAGGAAAAAGAAAUGGCACCCAAGCAAGAAAAAUUUGAGAGAUCAAAAUUGGAGGACUUGCUAAAGAGGCGAUUCUUUUUUGUCCCUUCAUUUGAAAUAUAUGGAGGUAAGUUGACAAUUCGACUGACUGCAGUGUUAAAUAUAUCUGGAGACAAGAUAACACAGAAUUUCCACAUAUUCUUGAAUAAUGUUGUGAAUACUAUGAACUCUAACUUACACCUUAAAGAUGGGAUGAACUUUUAGUACAAAUAUUGAUUAAUAGCAGUAUUGAUCUUGCUCUCAAGAAAUCAGAUGAAGUCCAUAAAAAGUCAUUUAUAUUACCUUUGUACACAAAGAAACUAUGGUCAAGUAUGUAUGGGUGCUGAUUUGUGAAGCUCUUUUGUCCAAAUCAUGUACUCUUCCUCUGAGUUGAUCUUGUUUGACAGUGAUCUUGAGUUAAACUCCUCUGAUGUGUUUUACUCCAUUUUUUCAUUUAUCCUUAAUAGGCACAGAGGUGCUAAUAAAGGACACGAACAGUCUGAGUUAGCACUUUAUCCUUUGACUCACAUGAGUGAUCAAAACAGAAUUUCUCCUUGCAAUAUUACUGCAAUAUCAAACAGACAAGUGAUAAGAAUAAAGGAAAACGUCAAUUAGGUGAUUAUUAGUUGAUCCAACAUCAAAGUCUCCAAACUGAUAAUAUCACAAGUAUCAUGUGAUGGCAGUAAGCAGAAACACUAUUGAGGUCUAGGGGAUGAAAAGUUAAACUUUCAGGAGUGACUAGGAAGGAAUAUCUUCUAAAAAUUUCAAUACACUUUCAAGAAAAAAAGAAAAUUAGGGAAAUAUAGAUCCCAGGCUGGGGAUAUUGCUUGAUUCAAUACAAAAUUCUCAGAAUGAAAAAAUGGUAAAGAAUAUACAACGGUGCUGAGAACCUUUUUUUUUGAUCAUGGUGAAGAGAAAAGGUCAGUGAGGCUAUUUCAAAAUCAUCUUUCUUUCUUUGCAUGGCAGGUGUGGCAGGGUUGUAUGAUUAUGGACCCUCUGGUUGUGCUAUGGAAGCCAACAUGAUAAACAUUUGGAAAUCACAUUUUGUUUUGGAAGAGCAAAUGUUGGAAAUAAGAGCUUCUCUUCUGACACCUCAUUCAGUUCUUAAGUGAGUAAACUGUUGAUGACAGUUAACAAAGUCUGAGAUGAGUUGGGGUUUCUCAAUAUGCAUUAUAAUUUUUUUAAGUGUCUCUUACAGGUUUCUUGAAGUUGUGACCCUAGAAAAAUUUAUUAUGAACCUUUAUUUCACCUACACAACUUCUUUAUUUAUAUUACACCUUAACACCAACAUGCACAAUCUCCAUACUGCUCUCUUUUCAUUUCCUAAGGUGCUGACAAGGAGAAUUUGUUUAACAAUCAAAAGCUUCUUUAGUUGGUGAUCAUUUCCUUUAUUCUGGUGGCUUUAAUGUUUGAUUCAGGGAUGAUAUUGUUAGGAGAAAUUGGAUGCUAAUCACUCUGAGGGGUCAAAGGGCUGAGUGUCUCUUACAGGUUUCAUGAAGUUACGAUCCUAAAUAAAUUUACUUUGGAACUGAUUUCACCCACACGAUUUCCUUAUCAACUUAAAGUAAUGAGGUAGUUUUGAUUUUUUUUUCUAUUUUUUUUGUUUUAGAACAUCAGGGCAUGUUGACAGGUUUGCUGAUUUCAUGGUGAAGGACGUCAAGACUGGGGAUUGUUACAGAGCCGAUCAUCUAUUGGAAGGUCUGCUUAGAGGGGGGAACAAUUACAUAGAUUUACAUCUUAAAUAUAGCUAACAAAUGGGGAGAUAGAAUGUAUUAACUGUCAGCAUGCAGGAUUGUAGGUCAAGAUGGCAAGGUUUGAGAUCUAUGUGGGUCAUCGUGAUGUAUUCUUGAGCAAGACACUUCCCUUUCACAAUGUCACUCUCCACUCAGGAGUGUAAAUGGGUAUAAACUGGGUUAGAUUUCGGCACUGUGGGACCACAUGGCUCCAGUGCUGACUCAUGUAAACAAUUAUCUUUUAAUGCGGUGCAUAGAUAUCCAUCACUUGUAAGGGGAAAAAACACUUUUUCUCGCAUAUUUUGUAUCAUAUACUUCCUUCUGUCCUUCCUUCCCACAUAUUUUGCAUCUCAUCUUCUUGUGUGAAGCUCUUUUUCUCAAAUAUUUUGCAACAUAUCCUUCCUUCCUUGACACUUAUUUUGUAUCUCAUCUUUCCUUGGCACCUCAUGCUGCAGAAACUGGGAUAGCCUUUGGCACUGUGGGGCUACAUGGCUUCAGUGCUGACUUUUGAAAUGUAAAUGUAUUUCUUUUAAUGUGGUGUAUAGAUGUCCAUCACUCAUAAGGGGGAGAAGCUCUUUUUCUCGCAUAUUUUUAGUUUGAUUGAUUUCAGCUUCUUGUUUGUUUAUUUAUUGAAGGACACCUUGAAAAACUGUUAGCAGAUAAAAAGCUGGAGGAAGAGAAGAGACAAGAGUAUGAAAGUGUUAUUGGCCAGGUAAUGUGAUUUUUAUAAAGAUAAGUAAGUAGGGAAUUGAUUAAGGUGUUAUUAAUGUGAUACAGAGCCUACAGAAGGUGUGUGAUAUUUUUGAGCAGAGGCAAGCACCAAGGGGGUAAAGUCGUAUUAAGUGAGGUUGUCUUUUUUUCUACUUAGGUUGAUAACUAUGGGAUGAAAGAACUUGGGGAGCUUUUGAAAAAGUACAACACCAAGUCUCCAGUAACAGGGAAUGAACUGACUGAUCCUGUGGAAUUCAAUUUGAUGUUUUCAACCUCCAUCGGUCCCAGUGGGCUCAUCCCUGGGUAAGGGCCAUCUUAGCAUGGGGUGAUUACUUAUUUUCUAAUCUUUGAAAUUACAUUCGAGGUACAGCUCCAUGUAAUACAGUUUAAAUACUACUUAUAAUACUACAGCAAAUAUGAAUACUAACACUACCUACAAAAAACUUAUUACUUAACAAUUGCAGAUUUAAAAGUUACAGUUUCAUUGUACAGACAUGUAAAUUAUCUGUAUUUAAAAAACAUAUUACAGUAAAGUAAUUAAUAUCAUUAACUACAUAAGCUAAAGGAAAAAAACACUGAGAUAAAAAAAAGAAAAAUAUGCAACUACAUGGCUUUUUUCUAAAAAGAGAGAGGAAAGAGGCUCAAGAGACAAUUUAUGAGACAUUAAUAGAGAUUAUGAAGAAAGAGAAAAACUGUGAACUGGGGGCCCUAUUCAGACGGUCCAGAUCUCUUUCAAUACCCGUUUUUAUUAUGGGAUUGCUUUUGUCUCUGCAUCUGAUCAGUUAAAAUGGUGUUGUGGAAUUUGUCAGACCAAACGUAAAACGUGGUGAAGUAAAAUCUAUUUCGGAUUUCUUUUGAUACCCAAUUGAAAAUGUCUUCUAUGGUUUGUUCUUAUUUGAAAAGCUUCCUUAGACCAGAAACAGCUCAAGGAAUCUUUGUGAAUUUCAAACGCCUCUUGGAAGCUAAUAAUGGAAGAUUACCGUUCGCCUCAGCACAGAUUGGACCUGCCUUUAGAAAUGAAAUAUCACCGCGAUCGGGUCUUCUGAGAGUAAGGUAAAGAACUUUAAGUACAUCUGUUCAGGUGAUUGUCCUUAACCCUUUACCUCACAGAGGUGAUUAACAGUAACUUCUUCUUGUAACAUCCACACAAUGAGACAUGGUUUGAUGCAACUCGGAUUUACAGAUUUAAUGAAUGUAACCGAAGAAGUUAUAGUUCAUAGACCCAACGUUUCAACACUCCUGUCUAGUGCCUUCAUCAGGGGUGAUCUAAACGCUACCACAAGAGGUCCUUAAAAUGUCUAGCAAACACAUAAUGGGAGUAUCAGGAGGAAGUUGUUUUCUCGAUCAAACACCAAAUUCUUGAAACAAAUUUGCAAGGCAAUGUGUAGAAUCUAGAGGGGAGAAUUAACAAUCAGAUCUUGGUAGUGAAAGGGUUAAUAACGAAGUAAGAAUAGUUUAAGAUCACAAUACUACACUCGCUCGCAAAAAGUAAUAAACUGCAAUGCUUUAAAUGGUCAAUCGUUCCCUUUGAUACAAAUUUUAACCUCAGCAAUGGCCUUCCUGCGUUUAUCCAAAAUGCCACUCCCUUUGUUAAUUGAAGUUACAGUUUUAGUUUCAGCAUAAGACUGGAGUGAUUCAUUUUGCGAUUAUCUCUUACAAUACUGAAUGGCUUAGGACCUCAGUUGAAAACUUCUGCUGAACUCUUGGACCUCCUGUUUGACUUAGUAGGUUAGCCACUUUUCCAUCAUCCAAUCUGACUGCUCUGGACCCUCUUUUAACAUUCUGUUAAGGUCGCGAGAAUAAAGGACGUGAUCAACAACCUGAGGAGCUCUUGAUUAUUACAAAAAUUCUCAUUUUAAAGACCUUACGAAAUGUAUAGAGAACAGUAUGGAGAAUAUGCAUACUGAUGUUAGGUUGUAUAGGGGUUAAGGAUGUCUUUUAUGAUUAAUAAGUCAUUUUGUCAAUCAACCCAGUAAUGAUGUAAAAAAAUGUAUAAUAUUCAUCAUCAUCAUGGUUUGCUUGUACUUUUUUUUUUGUAGAGAAUUCACCCUGGCUGAAAUCGAACACUUUGUUGAUCCAAGCGACAAGAGUCAUCCCAAGUUUGAAAAUGUGAGCUCUCAAACACUGAGGUUGUUUCCAUCAGAACAUCAGAUUGAGGGAAAACCGCCACUGGAGAUCACUGUAGGAGAUGCUGUCAAUCAGGUGAGCGGUUCAUUGCUUCCAAGCAAGAAUGCUUUUUUCUUUCUUUUAUUUGUAGAUGCAUGGUUGUUUUUGCGAUGUAAUGCUUUGUAAUAAAUCACUCAAGUUAGAUUUCGGAUUCGCUGGGCGGCUGCUCGAAAUGUUUGUUUUCAUGAGUCAAAUAUUUCCCAAAUGGAAUGCCGCCACCUCUUCAUUCUCCGCUUUUUGCCCUUGCACUGGGGACAGUUCUUGUACUAAAACAUGUUUGAUUUGUCAUCAGAAAAUUGUUAGUUCCCAGACCAUGGGUUACUUUCUCGGCCGCGUGUUCCUCUUCUUGCUGAAGGUUGGGGCUGAUCCAAGUAAGAUCCGCUUCAGGCAGCACAUGUUCAAUGAAAUGGCGCAUUACGCUUGUGACUGCUGGGACGCUGAACUCCUCACCUCCUAUGUAAGUAGUGCAAACUUUUUCUUGUUCUCAGGUAACGUAACUCACAGUAGGGUAUGCAUGUACAUUAUAGACCGGUAAUUGAGCAAUUUUCAAUUGAGUGUCGUCAAAAGCAAUUCGGGAUUGCUUUGUUUUUGCUUUACUUCGCUAUGUGAUUAGUGCAGAAAACUCGAGCCCUUCUCUCAACCAAUCAGAUGUAAAACUAAAACCAAUGUCAACUUGGUCGCCCGCGUUUUCCCGCGCUUGGGUUGUGUGGUUGUUUUGGUCUCAUCAACUCUUAAAGAUAUUUUCCUUUUUUGUAACAGGCCUUUGUGAUUAUUUUGGUUUUGGUUUGACGACACUCGAUCGAAUUGCGCUCUUUAAGAAACGAAUCGUGAUCUGCUUUGUUCUCAUUGGUCGAUGAUGACGCGCUCUUUCCUCCGCAAGGAGACGGAUGCUGUCUGGUUCAUGAACUGGCUUACGUGGAGCUAAGAAAAAUGGCCCAUUGUUUUCUAACGUUUCAACUGCAGACGAAUAAACGAUUGCUUGUUUUUGAGCGCAACAAGCGGAAAUAUACUAAGUUAGUUGGCAAAACUGAUGAUUAAGUUGGUGUGCAGUAAUUCAGGAAAUAGCGAAGUUUUAAAAGUUCGCAGUAAUAGUGUUGAACUAACGAUGACGAUUUUCCGUUUUUCCCCAGGGCUGGAUAGAAUGCGUUGGAUGUGCUGACAGGGCCUGUUAUGAUCUGUCCGUUCACACAAAAGCAACCGGCGAGAGACUGGUCGCUCAAGUUGAUUUGGAGCAAUCGGUAUCCUUAACUAUUCAACACACUUUUAUUCGCGUUCGGUAGUUACUUUGUACACGGAGGGCGUAUCAGUCUCAUUCGAAUUCUGGUUUAACCGUCACUACCAGUUCUUUCGCGAUUUUAAAUUUUGCAUUUCUGACUUUUUUAGUUACAUUCUAAUAUUGGCGCUCAAAUGUCCUUAAAGGCGUUUUCUCCACUAGAUUGUUGAAAGUAAUACGGAACUUAUUUUGCUCUGUAAUUUGCUCAGAAAAUUCGCGCCGUUCUAUCAUGAAUUAGUCACUCACGUUUUUCCUGCUUCGAGCAGUUGUCGUGUUUUUACUUUUAGUUCUCAUUGGCCCAUCGUGAUGUUUUGCUUGGGUCUGAUUGGUCGUUUUGAUAACUUUUGGAUUUGGUUUAGCACGUUUAAAGCGCGGGAAAUGUGAGUGGUCGAGCCAUGGUGGUUGUAGUUUUGCAUUUGAUUGGUCGGUAGAGUGGUGCGACUUUUCUGGACCAAUUAUAGAGCGAAAUGGAGUAAAAGCAAUGGAUUCCUAGACUACUCUCCGAACUUGAUUGAAAGUUGCUCCAUCGAUUGCAACAAGUUGGUGCUCGAAAUUGAGUUAAAAUUUUUCAACCUUGACUGUGUAAAGGAAAUGAUUGACGUAGUGGAAAUCGUCCCAGAGAAGCCAGCAGUUGGAAAAGCGUUUAAAAAGGAAGGGAAAAUUGUCAUGGAUUAUCUGGCUCAGAUGGAUAAGGAUGCUAUCAAAGCAUUCGAGGAUAAACUUAACGAAAACGGGUAGGUAAAAAGGAAAUAAAACCACGAGGCUUCACUCGCUAAACGUUCUUUAAUACAACCUGAUACACCAGAGUGACGGAAGCAACAGCAUGACAUGUAAGAUAAAUAGGCGAAUAUCUUACUUCCUGCCAUCAUUUCCGAGUUGUUUUUGUUUUGUUUGUUUGUUUGUUUGUUUGUUUUUAUUUUAACAUAUUUAUCAUUGUUUUCCCCAAAAGCAGCUAGGCUUAAUGAGGGGGAUUACAAUAUUACAAAUAUAAAAUCAAUUUAUUCAGGCUCACACACAAACAGACACAUAACCAACACACACCAGUUGCAAUAACAACGAAUUUAACUCACUAACCCAGGAGCGUAUUAUUUAAACAAUCAAGCAAUGGUCGAUGACGGUUUUUGUUCAUUUGAGUGGCAAUAUUUGAGUGGCAAUAUUAAGUUUAAGAGAUUAAGAUUUUUUGCUACAGGGUCCCUUGAAGGGUUGAGCUAAACGUUUCGUUUUUCUAAGUUUUUUGCGAGUCAUUACGAAACGAAAAAUCUGUCCGCGAAUUCAACAGGUCAUAGAAAAAACAUCUUGUCCGCUCUUACCAUUGAGCCCUUUACCCCUGAGACUGAGGAGCAUCUAUACCAAGAGUAUAACCCAUCAAUCAAACUUUAAGGUCAUGAAAAUAAUGGAAAUAAUCGCGACCCUAAAAAGCUUUUGAUUGUUAGACAAAUUCUCCUCAUAAGAACUAUAGAUAACUUGUCGAAAACAGUAUGGAGAACUGGCAUACUGAUGCUAGGUCGUAAAGGGUUAUGCAUCAUUUUGUGUGACCUGGUAACUUGCAAAAUUGUAUUAGCAAAAGGAAAUUUUGUGACAUAUCUGGUCUGAUUUAUUUUAAUUGGCUUUUCAUUCCGUUUUUACCUAGUAAGGUGAAUUUAACAAUAGAAAACAAGGAGUUUACCAUCGAAAAGGCCAUGAUCAGGGAAAUCAAACGAUACCAGAAGGAAAUUCAUGGUGAGUUUAAAAGAUGUUACCAAGGUCUGUUUACAAAAUCUUAUUUUCAGAGGAAAUUACAGAAAUCUAAUCUGUUUUUGUGUUUUUUAGUUCGUGACGUAGAACCCCAUGUGAUCGAACCGUCGUUUGGAGUUGGAAGAAUCAUGUAUUCUGUCCUUGAACACAACUUUAGAAUUCGCGAAGGAGACGAGCAGAGGACGGUAAUAUUUUUAUUGAUUAGUUGUUUCUGGUCAUUGUUUAUCGCUUGCAGAAAGGAGGGUGGGGGAUGGUUGGGAGGUUUUUGGUUGUGUCUGGUCUCCCCUAAGGCUCUGUAAUAUUUGUAUGUUCCUGCCCUUAUUAACAGUUAAUUGACUGUCAAUUUUCCAUAGCCACCCCUCAUGGCGGCGACUGACCUUCCCUCAGUUCCCCUAAAACACCAUGUGACCCCCCCCCCCCCCCCCAAAAAAAAGUCCUCCCCUUCCCCCACACAAGCGAUAAAUAUGGAAUGGUCUUUUCAGUGAAGCCAUUAAGUCCAUAAUUUAGCUCAUUGGUCUUUACUUAAGCUGGACAUGUAACAUUUUUUAGGCCCUGGUUUUUUUAAGUUAGACGAUGGAACCCUCUCAGAUGGGUAACCGUUUUUCACAGGGAGCUCACCACAAAUGAGGUUUAGCAAUAAGACUGGUAUAACUUGGCGCAAAUGUAACAAUGAGCUCGUUUCUUUAACCCUUAACAACCUAACAUCACUAUGCAUAUUCUCCAUACUGUUCUCUAAACAUUUCCUAAGGUGCUGACAAGGAGAAUUUGUUUAACAACCAAAAGCUGCUGUGGUGAUUAUUUUGUUUAUUCUCGUGACCUUAUUGCGUAAUUCAGGAGUGAUGUAAUAUUGUAGGAAGAAUUCGAUGGAAGUCACUCGAAGGAAGUCAAAGGUUUAAACUCCACCUUAUCAUGAGGGUGUCAACCUCAACAAUCACACAGCAAACAAUUUACCCCUUCCUACAGUGUUACGUUAAGCAACAAGGGUUCAUGAAGUACUUUUCUUCUACGUCAACUGACAUUUUAAUGAAACUCCGUAAACAGUAGCGAAGGGGCAUGUGUUAACUCCCCAAAAUGGUGACAAAACUCUCUCUAAAAAAAGUUUCUACUCGAAUUAAAUCUGUUCCAUUUUUGCUCUCUGUAGUGGCUGUCCCUUCCUCCUGCAGUAGCGCCCGUCAAGUGUUCUGUACUUCCGCUCAGCAAGAACAAAGAAUUUAGUCAGUUUGUCAAGAAGCUGUGUAAGUAGUUAACUUUAAUGAUUUUGAAUCGGAAAUAGAUUGUGGACAGUCUACCUCUUUUUUUGCUUCUUUUACGCCUAAAUAAUUCUCCAUCACGCAGAAGGCAGCCUAGACUGGAAAGUCUGGAGCGAAGAAAGCAGUAAGGGUAGAGACUAUGAGAACCCUCCUUCCACUUUCACCAGUUUUGUAGAAAAUCUCUUUCGUUUUUAAAUUUCAAGUAACAAUUUUUCUUUUACUCUCCCCCUUUUACUUUUCCUCCUUUGUGUAUUCACGCGCGGCGCGCGUGAUUUCUCAAAUUAGCCAAUCAUGUCAAAGAACUCUAACCUUGACGUUGGAAAACUGAUAGGGACAUCAUUCGCAUACUUCUAGUUUGUUUUCGCGGAUUUUUAGCGAGUUGUUUUUGAGCUUCCGUUGGUGUUAAUUUGUUAACCCUUUGCAUGGAAAUUUAAGAAGUUUCGGAUUUUUUAUUUUAGCCAAAUGUUGUGGUUCAAUUAAAAAGUUUGACACACAUUUUCAACGGAUUUUGAAUUUAGCCUCUUUUUUUGUGAAUGGACUUUUUUACAAGUUUGUCUUUCUCACUUUCAUCUCCUUUUUUCACUUUUUCCUCGCUCCAAGCCUCUCAAGAUCUUACAAAUCCAACAUGGCGGCUUCAACAUAUCAGCAAAAAUUAUUUUUCGCGCUCGCUCGCCAAAAAAUAGGCCCGUUAUGCAGAUAGCAUCAAACGAGCUCGUUCCAAGAGGAUGAGGCUGGCUGCGCACACAGUUGAAACCCAGCACGACUCAAUUAAUGGCGAUGCAAUACAACCCCAGCAGGAAUUUCGACGAACCAUUGAAUCACCGUACCUAAAUGUUUUGUGAAGUUAUAGACGUUUAUUUUCAAGCUAAAACUGUCGGUUUACUUGUUGUUUUAAUUAUGCUUUGUAGCGGAGUCUCUUACUGAGCUGGACAUCUCUCACAAAGUGGAUGACUCCAGCGGAUCAAUCGGUCGGCGUUACGCUCGAACCGACGAGAUAGCCAUUCCAUUCGGUAUCACUGUGGACUUUGAUACAGUGAACAAGGAACCUCACAGUGCUACGCUAAGAGAGAGGAACUCUACACGCCAAAUACGGGCGCAGGUGAGAGAUGUACCACCGCCAUAAAAAGGGCGAUAGGGAACGUAAGCGUAACACACAGAUGGGGAUUUAGACCUUACUUCUCACCUCCCAGAAAUGCUGAUUAAAAUGUGAUCCGCCAUAUAAACCUGGAAGAACACCAAUAAACUGUGUUAAGAAAAAGAACAACAUUUUUAACCUAAAACAAAUCCUAAAUAACAGCCCCAAAAGAUGAAAAUAUUUCUGGUUUUACUAUCAAACAAAAUAUUUUCUGUUAUUUCUUAGAUUGACGAGUUACCCACUAUUGUCAGCAACCUUGUCCGUGGAAAGGUCACGUGGUCAGUAAUAGAGGCACAAUAUGGUCUGUUCGAAGGGCAGGAGACUGGUGCCAAGUAGGCGAUUCACUAAGCAGCCCCUGCAGAUUAUACGAAUUU